UUGCUCCUGCACCGCCUGGCUGGCCUGCAGCCAGAUUUCUCCAGAGAGGGUUGGCUCACCCCUUCUCCUCUCCUCCCUUCUUUCUCUCCCAAACCCACAUACGCACUCUCUCCAACUCUCCAAAGCAAGAGGCGAGAAGAAGGAAGAGCCACAAAAGCGAGGGCAACUGUUGAACACGACAGCAACGAGGGCAACAAGAAACUUCUUAAAGAUGUCAAACGUGUCGGUUUUGCAAACGGAUCGCUUGGGCACACGAGGAAAGUAAUUUUUUUUUUUUUCCUUAAGGAGAAAACAGGAGGGAGGACGCGCUUUUUUUUUUUCGCCGUAUGUGAAGUCAAAAAUCAGCCUCGGUUAACAAAGCAGGCGCUUCUCAGCUGGAGCUGAACCCGUCAACUUGUGAUUGAAUGUCCCCGGGUCUCUGUGGAGGGCAGUGAAGGAUGCCAGGAUGCCCACUCUGAUCGCCCAUCUGCUUGUCAUCUGGCUGAGCGUCCACAGGCUGGUGUGGUGCACGGAGCGCUCCUCCACACGGGAGCGCUUCAAGGUGGUCAUCGCUCCUCUCAUCUGCAAGCGGAUCUGCCUGAAGGGACAGUGUCAGGAUACCUGCGAGCAGGGCAACAACACCACGCUGAUCGCGGAGAACGGGCAGGCGGCAGACACGCUCAUCGGACAGGGCUUCAGGGUCGUUGUGUGUCCCCUGACGUGUAUGAAUGGAGGAGUAUGCAGCUCGAGGAAACACUGCCUAUGCCCGCCUGGCUUCACCGGUCGGCUCUGCCAGUUUCCACUCCAGCAGACGCAGCAAGCUCAGGCAGCGCGAGGCAACAAGCAGCCUGUCUAUCCCAUAUCUUUGAAGCCAGACGGCCAGAAACUAGUGGAGCAAUUAAGCAUAGGGCGUACCCAGUUGACACAAACACACUCUGUUAUCACCCUACCCAUGUCACACUCAUCUGAAGUGCAGUUUAAUGUUCGUGUUCACCACACGCCAGACACCUCUGUAGUCAUUCAACCCCUCGACCAAUCAGAUGUCAAGCCUCCUCACAAAACAGGGCCACGCCCGAUCCCUGCCAGACACAAACCAAAGGGGCGCUGCUUCCAGGAGACCACACCCAAACAAGCUUGCAACAGCACACCGCUUCCUGUUCUGACCAAUCAGGAGGAUUGCUGUGGCAGUGUGGGGAAUUCAUGGGGACAAAACAAGUGUUAUCAGUGCCCCAAACUACCAAAUGCAUCAGUCAAGCAUACCAUUGUGGAAGACUACGGCUCUACCUGUCCGCAAGGCUAUAAAAGAUUCAACAGCACUCACUGUCAAGAUAUCAACGAGUGCUCCAUGCAGGGCGUCUGUCAGAAUGGAGACUGCCUGAACACACUGGGCAGCUUCAAAUGUUCCUGCAAGGCCGGUUUGGUGUUGGACAGAAAUCGAUGUGUUGAGUCUCCUGCUGAGCAGGCUCAGUGCUUCCGGAUAGCGUCCGAGGCGAGGGGCUGCGAGCACGCACUGCCCACCCACCUCACCCAGGAGAUGUGCUGCUGCACGGUGGGCAAAGCCUGGGGCCACAACUGUGAAAGAUGUCCUCAGGUGGGCACAGUGGCCUUCAGCAAGAUCUGCCCUGCUGGGAAAGGAUACUUUCUCCAAAAUAUCAGAGAGACCGUGGCCUUCCCUCCCAUCAUCUUCCCCCGCAAGCCUGACAAGGAGGAACCUAAGCAGCCGGAGAGGCCUCCAGAGAUGGUGACUGCUGCACAGCCGUCUCCCACCACCACCAGCAGUCCUCGUGUGCCUGUUGUUAAACCCACCCCUCCAACAAUCAUCCGAAUGACCCUAGGCAAUGACCCCUUCGAAACACAGACAAAAGUCUUGCCAGAGACAGAUGAAUGCAGUCUAAGCAGGAACAUUUGUGGUCACGGAGAGUGUGAAAACAGUCUGAACGGCCACAUCUGUCACUGUCACCUUGGCUACCAUCUCAAUCCACUGAGGAACAUCUGUGAGGAUGAUAAUGAAUGUGACUCAGAACCGUGUGGCUACGGCAGAGGCAUUUGCGUCAACAUAGAAGGAGGUUACAAAUGCCUCUGUCGUCAGGGCUAUAAACACAUGGUGCAGCAUGGGAGACUCAAGUGUGUAGAUGUGAAUGAGUGCUCUAAGCAGGACAUCUGUGGUGUUGGAGGCCAGUGUAUGAACCUGCCUGGUUCUUAUAAAUGUGAAUGUCACAGCGGCUUUAGGAGCAAGUCACACCGUCACCCAACAUGUGAAGACAUUAAUGAGUGUUUGAACCCCGACACUUGUCCCAAUGAGCAAUGUGAGAACACACCAGGGAAAUAUGAGUGUGUGCCUUGCUUGCCUGGUUACGAGGCCCGCACUGGCAACUGUUAUGACAUUAAUGAGUGUCAGAAGCCUGGCAUCUGUCCUAACGGGCGCUGUGAGAACCUCUCUGGUACUUACCGCUGCCUGUGCAACGAGGGCUUCCUCCCAUCUUCAGACAGCAAAGGUUGCCGUGACAUUGAUGAGUGUGAGGACGUCAGGCUGUGUGCUUAUGGCCACUGCAUCAAUACAGAAGGCUCCUUCCAGUGCCAGUGCUACCCGGGAUACCAGCGCACACAGGAAGGCAGCCACUGCGAAGAUAUCAAUGAGUGUGAGAGGCCAUCGAACUGUCAGAGGGGCCGCUGUAUCAACAGUAUGGGCUCAUAUCACUGCGAGUGCCAGAAGGGCUACACACUGGUGGGAGGCAGGAGGUGCCAAGACAUAGACGAAUGUGCCGCAGACAGAAGUCUCUGCCAGCCCUUCGGCUCUUGUGAGAACAGACCAGGCUCGUAUGUGUGUGCCUGCAAUCACGGUUUUGUCCUCUCAGAGGACAAACACAGCUGUGAGGCAGUUCGAGUGCUGACGGAUGAGAAGAAGGAAUGCUACUUGAACCUCGAUGACACUGUGUUCUGCGACAGUGUUCUGGCCACCAACGUCACCAAGCAGGAGUGCUGCUGCUCCAUUGGAGUGGGAUGGGGAGACCACUGUGAGAUCUAUCCCUGUCCUGUCUCCCAAUCAGCCGAGUUCCACUUCCUGUGUCCAAAUGGGCAAGGCCUCUACUAUGAUGAAGGACUCCUGUACAGCCUGCCUGUCUACCAUGAUAUCGACGAGUGUUCUUUGUUCGCUGAUGAAAUCUGCAAGAAGGGUCGCUGUGAGAACACACAGCCAGGCUACGAGUGCUACUGUCAACAGGGCUUCUACUAUGAUGGCAACCUUCUUGAGUGCAUUGAUGUGAACGAAUGCCACGACGAGUCUCUGUGCACUAAUGGUCACUGCGUCAACACCGAAGGGUCGUUCUUCUGCAACUGUAACCGGCCCUGGACACCAGACUCCAACAAGAAGAAGUGUGUGAUAGCAACAGUUGCAGAUGUGAAUGAGUGUGAAGACCCAGUCAACUGUAAGAAUGGCCACUGUGUGGACACUCCAGGGUCGUAUUACUGCAUCUGCUCUCCGCCCUGGACCCUGGCCACCGACCGUAACAGUUGUGUGACUCCUGAGGAGCAGGCUGAUGUGAAUGAGUGCCAGGACCCCUCGUACUGUAAGAAUGGGAGGUGUGAGAACACGCCCGGCUCCUUUCACUGUUUUUGCGACCCUCCCCUCACCUUCAGUGCAGCGCUGAAACAGUGCGUCUAUGACGAUCGCACUGCUGCCCACAAGGAUGUGUGUUUCCUGCAGGUUGACGAGGGCUUGAUCUGCAGCGAGCCCAGGAACGGCAUGGUGGUGACCUACUCCGAGUGCUGCUGUCACUACGGUCGUGGCUGGGGGCCCGAGUGUAACACCUGUCCACCCAGAAACUCAGAGAUGUUUAGUCGUCUGUGUGAGAUGCAUCUGGAGACAGAGUCUGAUGGGGAGCAGGAUUUCCUGGCAGCUUUCGCCAACUACAACCCAGGUGACAGUUCAGAGGAGGAUUCGGACGAAUGCAGCUGUGUAAAUGGUCGCUGUGUUCGCUCCUACCUGGGCACCAUGUGUGAAUGUAACACAGGCUUUAGGCUGGACCACUCGCGCACCCGCUGUAUAGACAUUGACGAGUGUGCAGAACCAGGAGCUCGUGUCAGUCCAUGCAAGAACGCUCGCUGUGUGAACACCGCUGGCUCAUACAAGUGCUUCUGCAAACACGGCUUUGUGGCCACACGCAGGCCAAACACAUGUGUCCGACGCAGAACUCGAUAACCUCUGUUCUUCAGUCUGUGUAUCCCUAUAUAUAGUGUGCAAUAUACACACAACCAUCCAGCACAUGCUGCACACACACUUCUGUCUCACAGUACGAAAGUGGGACCGUGUGUCGGCAAUGAACCCAAAAACAUGAGUUAUCAUCAGUUGCCAAAUCAUAGCAAUGGCUCAUAUGAAAUGUACAAAACAUAUCAUUGUCAGCUCCUCUUUCACUCCCUAUUUCACAUUUAAAGAAAAACUCAAUACAGACAAGAAAUAUGUUUAUUUGUUUGUUUGUUUGUUAAACAUUUUUGUAAUUGUUGUUUUUUAAACUGUUUUUGUUAAGUUUAAAUUGUGCUUUGUGUGAUUUAUUUUUUCAUUGAUCCCCCUGUUGCAUUGAUCUCUUAUUGUUAUUAUGUUUGAAUAUUAGAGCUAAAGCCACCUCUUGUUUUAAUACCCAAAUGUGUUUUAAAGAUCUGUCCCAUAUUCCUGUUGUCUACUUCAGCCCAUUCAAUACUUGCAUACUAUAGGAAUGCCAUUAGAAUGUUUAUAUGUUAUGGUAUACCCUUUUACAUUCCCGUUUAAGUCCACAUUCUUUCAUGUUUAAUUCUUAAUUGAAGUCAUCUGAUAUUGUAUUUUCUAACCACACAUUGUUGAUUUUGUGUUAUUGUACAGUUUGUCCGAUGUAUCAACAGCUCCUGUAAGAAUGAUCCCUCUCCUACCCCUGUUUAUUUGUUGAUGUAAAAUAUGAGAGACCUGAAGUUUUUGUAUAAUUUGACAUGUGCACCUAAGUGACUUUAAGCUAGGAAAAAAAGACCAUGCACUUAGUAAUGAAUAUAGUGGGAAUAGUUGCUAAAUGUAGCUUAUUCCGGAAAACCAAAAAAUGUUUGACAUCUAUUGUCAUGAUUGCUGCAUCAAAGUAUUACCAAAGAUGCUGUUAAGAUAAGAAGAAUUUGAUUAAAAAAAAAGAUGUCAACCAGU